UUUGGUGGAGGAGCAAAAUUUUAAAAAUAUGUUUUAGGGCCUCAGUGGCCGUGUGGUUUCGCCAACUCGCGUAAUUGAAGUUGUUGAAGCAAAAAAAUAUUUUUUUGACUUGGCUGUAAUUGAUAUAAAUUAAGAGAAUGAAUCUAAGCAAAGUAAAUUGGCCCAAAAUAGUUUUAUUUGGAGAUUCUUUAACACAACGUAGUUUUGAUCCAAAUGAUGGUUUAUGGGGAGCAUUACUUGCAAACAGACUUCAAAGAAUUUGUGAUGUAAUUAACAGAGGAUUUUCUGGUUACACUUCUAGGCAGUGUAAAAUUGUACUUCCACACCUUUAUUCUGAUAAAAAUAUUUCAGAAAUAAAGGCUUUUGUGAUUUUCCUUGGUGCUAAUGACUCUUGCAAAGAAGGUUCGGCCCAGCAUGUACCAUUAUUUGAAUAUGGAAAAAAUCUCACAGGCAUAAUAAAAUAUUUAGAGUCUGUAGGGUUAUGCAAAACAAAUAUUUUGUUAAUGACUCCACCACCAUAUUGUCACCAGAAGUUUUCCACCUAUUGUUCAGAAAACGGUCGUCCAAAACCAGCUAAAGAUAAUGAAACUGUCGCUGAAUAUGUUAAUGAAUGCAAUAAAAUUGGAGAAGAGUGUCAAGUCGAAGUUGUGGAUUUAUAUCAUGCAAUGGUAAAAGAAGAAAAUUGGCAGAACUUCCUUAUAGAUGGACUUCAUUUAUCUAGAACAGGAUCAAAUUUUGUAUAUAACUUCUUAUGGCCAAGUAUUGAAAAAAGAGUAGAUGUGAGUAAAAUGAUCUUACCUCUUUGGAAUGAACCAGUAUGGAAAUAAUAUGCCACACUUUAAAGAAUAAUAAAACUACUUAACACUGAUAUUAAAGAAAAUAUUUGAUUGAAAGUCUUUUGUUUUUUAGAAAUGGUAUUUGCAUAUACAAAGAAAUAACUUUUAAAAAUACAUAUUGACUAGUAUAUUUGCAUAGCAAUUUUAAAACAAAAGUUAACAAUAUCAUUUCUUAUAUGAAUGAAAAAUGUAAGACUUCUAAACUUUACAAACAAAAAAUAUUACUCAAUUUAAAACUACAGUAAACCCUUAAAGUAUACUUUUCUUCUUUAUACAUAGUAUUAAUUCAAAAAUAAUUUCUUAAAACCUACUCUUGAAUAAAUAUAAAGAGAGAUUGUACUAUUCUACUGCCAGUAAGAAGAUAACUUUUAAGUUCACUAUUAAAUUGAACUGUUUCAUUUUAUUUUAAAUAUAAAAUGAUAGAUUGUAGGUGCAACAGUUUAAACAGGGAAAACUUAGAUUGUAGUUUUAACAGUUUAAACAGGGAAAACUUAGAUUGUAGUUUUAACAGUUUAUACAGAAGAUACUCAAAUUUCUCUUUCUUAUACUCAAAAUAUUUCUCUGCAUAAGUUUGAUUGAUUUCAUAAUAAAUGUACAUAUAUCAUAAAAUUAUUAAACACAAAAUUAUUCAUUUCACUCCAAACAGUUAUUAAAUCAGCAUAACAUACAAGUGUUAGCAAAAUUCUUUAUAGAUAUAUUACUAGAAUAAUAUUUUGGAAAACAACUCGUAAUGAAAGAAACAGAAUUCUAAAAAUGUUAGAAUUGAAAGCAGAUUGAAGGGGAAAAUGAGUACAAAGGUAAUUAUUACUUUUUUAAAACACUAGAAUUUCUUUAUUUGUGGUAUUUUGAUUGCAGCAAGAGUGAGUCUAAAAACCAAAGAAAAGAACAGGAUAAAAAAUAAAAUGCUAAAAUUUAUGCUUGGACAAUAGAACCAUUGAAAAAUUUAUUUUCCAUUUGAAGUCAUUUAUAAUUUAAUGGAAAAAUAAGCACUUGAAAUCAAAAAUACUUCAAGUUCAUUAAGUUAUUUUUAACUUAAAAACUUCAAUUGAAAUCAACAUCUUUCAUUCAUUUGUCAUGUUCAUUUAAAGGCAUUUAUUCAACAAUUUUACUUAGCUUAAUAAUAAAUAAUGAUCAAGGGCUUACUGUACUUUUUCUUAGCUACUUCUCUAAUACACAUAUGAUUUUUUUAACAUUUAAAACAUGAAAAAAAAAAAAAAAAAAAAUAGUAAUAAUAAUACUUAAAAUAAAAAUAAAAACUAUGAACUUGUAAAAAAAAAUGCACCAAUCACUAUUUUUACAAACCAAAUUAGAAGAACCUUUCACUUGUAAAAAUAUAAAAUAUAAACACUAACAAGAACUUCAAACAUAUAAUACUUUUACCUACAUUUAGGUAUAAUCAAUGACAUACAAUUGAGUUGAACAACUACCAUCAAGUCAUUAAGAGUGAAGUAACAAAUAGUAAAGAAUUAAAUGUGCUGAAUUUAUUUUACAUUUCAUCAUUCAAUAUUUUGAAAAUUAACUAAAAUUUUCAAACAAUAAAAAAAAACAAAAUGCAUUUUUUAAGGGUUAAUUCAGUAGUACAUAAUUUUUAUUUACACAAAAGAAAUAAUCAUGAAUAAUAACGAAAAAGUAAUUUGUUGCAUGUAUUUAUAUUGGAGGUGAAUUGUUGCCAGAAAGUCGUCCUAGAGGUGCUUUUCUUUUUCUGGGAAAUAAAAUUGGCCAUGACACAGGAUCCAAGUAUUUCUCAUUGGUGUUCAGGUACUGUAUAAUUACAAAUUCGCUCCUGAUACGUGUAUAUAUAUACACAUUUUUAAAAUAAAACAAAAAAAAGUUAUACUUUUCUGUUUAGCUGUUAUACAAUUUCUACUAAUGAGUUUUCUAAUAUGAAAAUAGUGAUAGUAAAAGCAAAAGAAUCUCAAUAUGUUCCACACAGUAUUUUUCAGUAGAUCUACAAAACAAACUGAACUCCUGUGGAAACAAAGUUUUAACCUUCCUAUCCAUGUGACACAAAGUGAAAUUAUCAACCUCGAACAUCUGUGACAGUUGGAUUUUGUUUCUUUGAAGUGUGAUGGAUGUAGUAGAACAUUAAAUUAAUAUUUUAUGCCAGGAUACAAUGCUGUUAAUUACACUCGAGAUCUUAAAAACUAAGAGACAACUUCUGCCUUUCCUGUGUCUUUUAAGCAAAUAUUGUCAUUCACUGAUAAUCUGAGGGAAAAGAAACGCUUAACCUAAGAUGGCAACAAUACUGGUGAAAAUGUUAUGUUAUACCAUUUCAGUGAGGUGAAAAAUAACCUUUCAUUGCUAUAAGCCACUAGUACUAGUUGAUUUAUGUUUAUUAAUUCAAAAAAAUUAAGAGGAAUGUGACGCAGAUAGUGUGAAUAAUGCUAGACUUGGUGUUAAUGUGAAAAAAAUGCAAGAACACUCCAUCCACUCUUAUGCAGGUGACACUGGAGUGCAAAUUAAUCCUAUUUUACAUCUUUUUUAACAACAAAGACGAUACUUUUCACUGUCUUACAUAAAAUAUUUAUAACAUAUUGAUCUACUCCAAACAUUAUAGUAAACUCCCGAUUUUGCAGAUAAUACACACAUUUAUGAAAAUUAACACUAUGUACUUAAAUCAGUGGUGAAGCGAGAAGGAGUCAAACUUCCCCCAAAGCCAUUUGUUUUAUCAUACAUUAUUAACAUUACUACAAGUUUAUAAACAUGUAAAGGAUCUCCCUCCAGCCAUUAAUGAAUAAGUUAUUAAAAAUGUCAAAUUUUAAUGACUCUAUUCUGUCCUGAAAUCUGUUUCCAAGGGGAAAAUAUCCUGCUAAACCAUGGGGAAAAUAUGAGUCCCCCACCCCUUAUAAUUUUGCAUGUGGGUGCCCUUGCUCACACAAUAGUCAACAUGAACAUACUCCUUCAGGAACAACAAAAUUAUUCACUGUUUACAAAAUUGUAAGUUUGCUUCAUUAGGAAUUUAGUCAAAUUUUUUUGCUUCUGUGCUUAGAAAAACUUCCUCUUUAUUUGGGGUAGAAUUUUUCUAGCACUAUUUUAUUAUAAAUGUGUCCUUUUAUUCCUCUAAAUUCUAAAAAAAGGCAUUUAAUGUAAGUUAAAGUUGCAUUGAGGCGCCUUUUUUAUU